AGUGCGGCGGAGGCCCCGCCCCCCGCGGCCGUUGCUAGGAGACGGGCGGGACGCGGGAGCGGCGCCGGUACCGGGGACGGGACCCCAGAACGGGCGGGGAGGCCCCAAAGGCGGAGCCAUGGCGUGGCCUCGUCUCGCUGCCCCCACUUCGGCCGAGGCUGAGCUGCUGCUGCUGCAGAAACAAGCGCUGGCUGAGGAGGAGGCGGCCAAAACCAAGCGGGAGCUGCUCACUCGCUUCCUGCAGGAGAAAUUAUCCCGAGAGGAGCAGAGCAGCAUGCGUGGUCUCCACGAGGUCCGCACGGUCUGGCGCUCGGCCCAGCGCAAGGCCAAGGACCAGGAGCUGCGCCAGGACAUCGAGGUCCUCAGCCAGACCUUUGCACGGGUCAUGGACUGCAAGGACGGCGUCAUUGAGACGCUGGUCAGGGACCUGGAGCAAGCGGAGGAGCAGCAGAACCGAGCCCUGCGCAGCCACCUGCACCUCAUGGACCAACUGCUGGACCUCCAGCACCGCCGCCUGCGCUGCCUGGAGGAGGGGUUUAAUGCCCAGGUGGGCGCCCUGAAGGCCGAUUUUGAGGCUGAAAGAAAGACCAUUCUGGAGCAGCAGGAGCAGGAAAGCCGCUGCCUGCAGGACCUGGCGCUGGCCACGGAGCAGGACCACGCCAGGAACGACCACGAGGCCAUGCUGAACUUCCAGAGCGCCCGGGACGACAUCAAAAACAAGUGCUGGCAGGAGCAGCAGUACAGCCGGCUGCAGCUCGGCACCAGGCUGGAGAGGCUGUGGGACCAGAUCCAGAAGGCCCGACAGAGCUACACCCAGGCCACGGAGAAGAAGAAGGUGGAGUUCGAGGCGCUGAAGAGGAAGUGUGAGAAGAGUUCCUGGGAGAUUAACGCACAGGCCAUGAAGCUGCAGAGUCUCCAGGACAUGGUCACCGCCACCAGGGGCCAGAUCACGGCUCAGCUGCAGGAGAGCGAGCAGCGGAACCAGCGCAUCCGGGAGGACAAAGAUCACGCCGUGCACAAGCUCCACAAGCUCCGUGCUCAGAGCAGCCAGGCCCAGGCCACGGCUCACGCUCACCUGGUCACGCUCACCUGCCAGUGCAGUGCCACCCUCAAGGCGCUGCAGCAGGUGGUGGAGAAGGCCCGGCGCAUCCUGCGCCUGGCUGAGAUGUGCCGCAGGCUGGAGACAGAGGAGGAGAAGGUGCUGCCCUUCUACCCCUCCUCACUGGCCGAGUCAGAGCAGCAAAACGCCCGCGAGGUGCUGGAGGAGCCCCCCAGUGAGCCCCUGGCACAGGCCAUGCAGGAUUAUGUGGGGCUGGAGCGGUUCUGGAAGCGGUUCAACAAGGCCAAGCUGGAGGAGAAGGCGCUGGAGCAGGCGCGGGCAGCCCUGGCAAGCAGGAACCAGAAGCUGCGUGGGCUGCUCCAGCAGUACCUGGCAGGGGCUGCAAUCAACCUGAAGGUGCCUUGAGACCCCCUCUCCCUCCUCGCUGCCAAACAAAAGCUGCAUCCCCAAAAAUGAGCCCCACGUCGAGGGGGAGCCACACUCAGGGACACGGGGCACUCCAGGAGCCUCUGGGGAGGGGUCAACCACCAGGACCCCAUUCCUGGCUCCACCAGCUGCAGACCAGGGACCUGGACCUGAUGUUUGGGGACUCCAGGGACUGUCACUGCCUGGAUAUGCCUUAAAAGAGCAAAACUGCCUGAAAA